UGAAGGUGAGGAAGGUCACUGAAGGUCAGAGAACAGAAGGGUUGAGGGUCAACAGAGAGAGAGGGAAAGGUUCACUGAAGUGAGCGAUCAGGAGGCUGUCUGAGAAGAAAGGGAAUGGUGAAGACAAGGCCCUGGGUGGGAGCAUGGAAAUGAGGCUUCCUGAAGACAAACCAGAUGAUGUUCCCUAAUUUGGAGUACCAAGCCAGCCAGGGAAAUUCCCAUAAUGCCAAUUCUCAAUGCCCCGAAUAGCAGAAUACCAUUAGUUUGACCCCAUGCCAGGAAAGGUGCAAAGAACAAAGUGUCCCAAAUAGGCUAUCAAGGUGUGAUGUGAAUUAUAACUUCCAUGCAGAUGGCAUUUGAGCAGCUUUUGAAAACACUUUCAGGGUUUUUUGAUUUUGUUUUGUUUUUUAAUGUCAGGUCACUCCCUGCAAAAGGUUGUGGAAAUAAAUUUGAAUAAACAAAACAGGUUUGCUGAAAAUAAAACCAGGACGCCCAAGCUGCUCCAGUCAGCCUUCUUCCACAAGGCCCCACCUGUCAGCCAGUGCAGAACCUUGGCUGAGCGAGCAGCAUCCAUCAUGAACCAGGUGAUCGUGUUCUUGGUAAUGGCCAUGGGAACCCACACCCUCAGUAUUCGGAUCAAGAAGGACUGCAUCCACUGGUCCAGCUGCUGCCCCAGCAAAGGGCAGAACCCCACUCAUGAAUGGCUGACGCAGAACACUGUGCUCAUGACCCCGCCAGAGAGCGCUAGCCUCAUCCACUCCCUAGAAUCCUGCAGGGCCAGUGAAGAUGGACCCCUCAACAGCAGGUCUAUCUCCCCCUGGAGAUAUGAGUUGGACAGGGACUUGAACCGGCUCCCUCAGGACCUGUACCACGCCCGUUGCCUGUGUCCACACUGUGUCAGCCUACAGACUGGCUCCCACAUGGACCCCCUGGGCAACUCGGAGUUGCUCUACCACAACCAGACUGUCUUCUACCGGCGGCCAUGCCCUGGGGAGCAGGGUACCCGUGACGGCUACUGCUUGGAACAAAGGCUCUACCGCGUCUCCUUGGCUUGUGUGUGUGUGCGGCCCCGAGUGAUGGCCUAGUCAUGUGCCCAUAGCUGGUUCCCGGGUGGAACACUGGAACUGGGUGCAUGACCACCUGCCAUGGUGAGCCAGGAACCCGAAUGCUCAACCCUUACAAAACACUACAGGAGCAGCAGGAUUGUGGGACAGGGUGGAGGACUUUGGGAGGAUCCGCACGUUUCACCAUUUGGAGUGGAUGGGAAAUGCAGGGUGAAGCAAUGGAGCUGUUUAUGCCCGCUAAAAGAGAGCAUCCUGCAUUUCCUCUUGGGAAAGGUCAUAAAGGCCCUCCUCGUUUCUGGAGGCCGCCACCCCCAUCUCUUCCUUUUCUCCCAUCCCCAGCUGCCAUGGCACAGCACAAGCACUUUCUUGCUACUUUCCUUGUUGUCAGUGGAGAGGCCCUCAUUUCAUUUGUUUGUUCAUCUGUCCAUCCAUGCCUCCAUGCCUCCAUGCCUCCAUGCAUCCAUCCAUCCAUCCAACACUCAGUGAGCAUCUCCUUUGCACAUACCUUGGUUCAGUUACUAGGCUCUGAGGAAGAGGCUGCUAUUGAGCGUGGAGACAUUUAUCCAAAUAAAUAAUCUGUAUUUAAAACGGCCUAAAUUGUCUUGGCGUCCCUGGUGCCUGAACACCAAGCUCCCCAGCCUGGUUCCUUCUCUUCCCCACCUUCAGUCCUUACCUACUGCCCUGUUCUUCUGCCUUCCAGAGUU